CACUGAACACAAGCGUUCUUUAUUUCGGUUUGUUCGAUCGCAGAUGACGUGCUCCAUCGUUCUCGGUUGUAAACAGCGCAGGCACGACUACUGAAUUUUUUGCCAUCGUGUCGUGUGUGCGAGUUUCUGUUGAGUCAUAUCAACACACAAAAUUCACUGAUUCUACCAAAGCCUCGUUCGGCCCCAGGUGUGCGGCUAUGAAGUGGUUCGAGGGCUCCAUUCCAGAGGCAAUCGCUCUGGCAAAGUCCAAGCAACAACUCUUCCUAGUGUUCAUCGAAGGAAAUGAUGAACUGUCGAAGGCCAUGGGGACCACUUACGAAGAUGCGGCUGUUUCAUCGAAGCUGCAGAGUUCUCACUGUGUUGCCAUCAGGCUUCAAGCUGGCAGCGAGCCAUGCCAGCAGUUUUCACAGAUCUACCCUGUUGUGGUAGUGCCAUCAAGCUUCUUCAUUGGCUGCAAUGGCAUUCCUCUGGAGGUGAUUGCGGGCAGCGUGGAGCCACUCGAGCUUCUCCACCGCAUCGACAAGCUCUUCCAGGAACCUAGCUGUGUCGGUGACAAUGGCAGCUUGCCAACCGAAGUAGCCCUCGAGCCAGCACCCAGCGUGUCGGUCUCACAGGCUGAGACUACGCCGCCUGAUGCAGCUGCAGCAGCAGCUUCCCUGGAGGAGAGGGUCGAGAGGGCGAAGCGUCUAGUUGAGGAUCGGCGCCUGCAGAAGAUGAAGGAAGAGGAGGAGGCGGUGCGGCAGAGCGAGGUGGAGCGAAGGCGUGUGGCAAGGGAGCUGCAGUUGGCGCAACAGUCACGGGAGGAUCAGCAGCGCCGGGAAUGGGCGCGGCAGCGGGCACAGGAGAAAGAGGAAGAACGGAAGCACCGGGAACGCAUCCAGGCACAGAUUGCACAAGACAGGGCAGACCGUGCUGAGAAGUACCAGAAGGACAAAAGCCAGGAGGAGCAGCGCAGGCGGGAACGCGAGGCCCAGCGGCUCCUUGAACAGCAGCAGAGGGCUGCACAGGAGGCCGCAGCACGGAGCCAAGUAGCAAGGAUACAGUUUCGUCUGCCAGAUGGAUCAUCUGCUACACACAGCUUUGAUGCUAAUGCCACACUUCAAGAUCUGCACAACUAUGUUAUCGAGACGGUGCAGCCGAGCUUUUCAAACUUCACCCUGUCAACGACAUUCCCACGCCGAGAGUUCACCCAGGAGCAGUACCGGAGCAGCCUGCGUGAGCUGGAGCUGGCCCCAUCAGCUGUCAUCCUUGUCGUACCUGUUAGCACUCCCAGCGUGGUGGUCCCAGCAGCGGUGAGCAAAUCGGGAGCAUCACUCAUGAACCUCCUGUGGUCUCUGCUGACACCAUUUGGCGUGAUCUGGAGUCUCUUCGUAGGCCUCAUCUUCGGAUCGCCUGACCCCCCAGUCUCAGAUCCAGCUUCUGACAGCAGUGCUGGUGCCACUGCUCAGCACACUGAUGCUUCGCAAGAGCAAGCACAGGGGGGAGCACGACGGCGACGGACAACGCAGCAGCCACAAGGCGAGGGUGUGUACCAACGUGAAGGCAACGUGUACCGCUUCUCCAACCAGCGCUUCAGUGAUGAGGACGAUGACACCAACACCUGGAAUGGGAACUCCACGCAGCAGAUGUAGCCUUGCCGUAACUGCAUACGCAUGGGAUGAUCAGGAGCUGUACAAAGAGGGGAAAAAAUAUAUAUAUGUGGACAGGGAGUGGGCUCAGAUGCGGCAGCAACCUGUUAUUAAAUUGAAGAUGAAUUAGAUGUGAAGGCACAGGUGGUACUGCUGCAAUAUUUGUAUGUGAGGUUGUUUGAUCAUGGUACAAAGUGCAAGUCACACUUUAGUACAUCUGUGCCUUUGUGCAGUAAUAACCAAUAUGGAGCCCACAGUGAUGCUAGAGAUUAUGGAAAAAGAAGCUCAGAUUAAACAAGGAAAGUAACAGGUGAUUGUCUGAAACUGGCAAUUUUUUAGAACAAUUAUGUUGGUCACUAGAUUACUAAAAUGCCUGGGAAUGCACAGACAAAAUGUUUUCCCAUUUGUGAGAAAUAGUAAAAUCAUUGUAGAUUACCUCUUGUGGCUCCUAAAGCCUUUCUUAGCCUUUAUGUGUAGAAUUUCCAAGGAAACAAAUGCGUCAAGCUCCUGCCUAUAUUGUUCCCUGUCCUGGUUUGGUUUAGUUUCUUUUUUUUUUUUCUAUACAUGUGUGCACCUACUUGCCAUAAUGUGCACACUUAGCUGCAAAGUUGAAAGACCAUGCGAGCCCAUGCCAAGCUGGAUAUCCACACCUUCUACUGGCAUGGCGGCCGCUGUCGAGAGCAGUGCUCGGAUGAAACUGCAUCACUCUGCACUAACAGGCUUGUUGAUUCUCUUCCACUGCUUGAUGGUUUGUAUUGCCAUCGCUGUGUUAAUACUUCAGCGACUGGCACAACUUAUUUCUGGCUCAAUAGCAAUGGGAUAGAAACAGGCACACAUCUUUGUGUCACCUACCAGAGACUUGAAAUUUCUUUGGAGGAUGAACAGUUUGUUUUUGAAGAUGGCGCAGUCACCUCAAAAACGCUUUCUGUCUACCAUUGAAGUAUAAUUUGCUCAGUGACGACCAUGCGAAACUGCAGUAUGAAAGAACUUACAUUCUUGUGACACUUUUUGCACAAGCUAGGCUCAACAGCAGGUGUCACGUCAGAAGGGCAGUAACGGAUGCACUCACAUGGUCCACAAACUUUUGCUGUCAACUGUGCAUCAAAAAGGUGGGCUCCUAAUAAGCCAUUUAAAUUGAUGGCAAGGUCUUGCAAGUAUCAAGUAGUCAUUUCCCAGCUUACUUUGACUUGUUUAUUGGCUGCAGGAACAGUGUGGCUUUCUCAAGAUGGCAAUCUGUUGUCACACCAAAAGCAGUUUAUCUGAUGAUGAAAGAAAACCAUUUUAUUUUGCCGUAUACAGGUUCAUGGUAUCAGUUUUGCAUGAAGCUUGAUGAGAGGCACAGCAUAUUGGGCAUUGACUGAUUUCUUGAUUUGAUGAAUUCAUCUUCUAAAGUGGGUACCAAAAAAGGGAAGUUUGAACUUGCGGCACAGAGACCAAGCCCAAUCAUUAACAAGUAAAUGAGGCCAUUUAUUAGUGUUAUUUCAUGUCGGGGAGCAUUUUACAUGAAUAGAUCAACCAAUAUUAAUUGUCAUGACUAAUUCAGCAGAUGACUUGAGCAUGCUUUAGCUAAGUUAUUGCUGUUGGAGCUGCAUUUUCUUAACAGUCAUGUAAAAUAUAUGGAGCCCUAAUUCAUUGGUCAUGCCAGCCAUGAGGUGCUGCGGCCAGUCAUGUAUACCACAGUACCCUUGUUUUCUUAGCUAGGGCGUUUGACUAAUGCAACUUCUAAAUGGUCAUAAGCAAACAUACUGCAAAGAAGCUGCCAUGCUAUGGGCAAUGCUGGAAAUUCAGAUAUUAAGCUACAAGCUCUGUUUCCACCUGUAGUUGGGACUGGGCCAUAUUGGAAUGCCAGGUGUUGUAUAGAUAAGGAUGCAGCCAUUUUGAGUAGUGUGCCUAAAUGUAAUGUUUUUUUUCUUUUGAAGGGAUGAGAAAGUGUGUAGUAUUCCGAUUUCUAUUUUAGGUAACCAAGAGGGGUGUAUUCAAAUGAACUUAUAUGUGCACAGUGCCAUUGUUUCUAUUGACUUGAAGAACAACUAGAAAUUUCUUUUGAAAGUGUGAACAGCUUGCAUAACCUUUUCCUUUAAUGAGUUUGUUGCAGGCUGGGCAAUCUCCUUCAUGCUCAGAAAUUUUUGGAACCGUAUUUUUUAUGUAUAAUGUCUUCAGCUGACCAGCAUGCCAGUCUGCUUGCGGUUUCAUGAUGGCAGCGCGACUUGAAGAUAGCCCGGCUCAAAGAUAGCCCGGUGCCUAGCCUAGCAAGCCAACAUUGGGCAAGGAAUGUAAGCCAGGCUUACAUAAGCUGAAAGCUGCAAUUAGAACUAUGGGCAUGGCUCCUUUCCAUCUUAUAAUUAAUGUUUCUUGAAACACUUUGAAAUGUGCUUAUCAAAAGUGAGAACUUUUCAAAUAUCGAAUUACUAAAAUGUUUAGCGUUCUUGAAAAUGCUGUCAGCUCAUAAUAUUGGUUAUCCUGGUGCACCCACUGUAUUUGGAACUCUGCAAGGAAGCCGAAAUAAAUGUUUGCUAUGGGCUCUAUGUGAAUGAA